AUGCAACCCGAACCAUCACCCGCAACGAGUGACUCAGACUCGGAGGAAGACUUCCCCGACCUUGUCGUAAUCCAGCCCGAAGAGAUCUCCGUGGCCAUCUUCUGUGCCCUUCCGUUGGAGUCCGUUGCUGUGCGAUAUAGUCUGGACCAAGCAUACAAGUGCCGACCGAAGUACAGCAACCGAAACCAGUACGUCUAUUCCUUCGGUCGGAUCGGCGAGCACAAGGUCGUUCUGGCUCGCCCUCAUCAAAUCGGACCCGUCAAGGCGGCACUAUGCGCAGCAGCCGUGAGCCACCAGUUCCCAAAUGUUCAGUUUGCGUUGAUGGUGGGCAUCGGCGCAGGUAUCCCCACCUUGCCCAAACGGGACAUCCGGCUGGGGGAUGUUGUGGUUGGCAUCCCUCAGGACGACCACCCUGGAGUCUUGGAGUACGACCUGGGUAAGUAUGAGAAGGACGGGUUCGUUCUGAAGGGUUCGCUUAACAAGCCACAUCCCAUGUUGAUCAGUGCGGACGGGUCUCUGAAGGAGGACGAGAUCAUGGGCCACAAUCCGCUCAGGAAGAUCUUGAGACCUUUGACCAAGAACCCGGGUUACGGACGACCAAAACUCCAUGACGUUCUUUAUGAUCCGACCUUUCACCACGUUAGCAAAGGGGGUGAUUGCAGUGCGUGCGAAGUCGCAACUGAGAGAAAGGCUGUUUCUCGUCCAGCUCGCACAAGCAAGCGCAAUUACCCAGUGGUUCAUCGAGGUCUGAUUCUUUCUGGUGGAGGUAUCAUCCAGAAUCCUGAAGAUCGCGAACGUCUGCGUCGAGGCUAUGACGAUGCUUUGUGCUUUGAGAAUUCCGCAGCUGGUGUUAUGGAUGCAAUUCCCUGCCUAGUGAUCCGAGGCAUAUACGACUACGCAGACACGCACAAACAAGACGGGUGGCAUCGGUAUGCUGCAGCUGCAGCUGCGGCGUAUUGCAAGGCCGUUCUCUGCAAGAUUGACGGCCCUGACGAGCCUGCUGUGACAGUGAAGAAGAAGACAGGUGACGCGCUCGAGGAAUGUGAGUCUGACGUGCCGUGCCAUGCUCAAUCUGGGGAUAUGGCCUGGUCGGAAGCCACGAGAACAAUACCUCCACGCAGGCUCUUGCCAAACUCGGAGCUUGCUUGUGACACGCUGUAUGAUUACCCAACAGCAUCAGCGUUAGACAGGCAAGUGCAUUGGUAUAACGGUGGAAACGCCUGAGCCAUGGGGACCUGAAAGCAGGAAGUGCCGCAAUAGCCGAUGACAGCUAUUGG